AUGGAGGCUGCCGUUGCGGAGCGAGAUGCAGAAAAGCUGGCAGGGCUGCUGGAGGCCAAGCUCUCAGGGGACCGAGCUGCAGCAAGCUCGUUGUUGCAGCAGACGAUCAAGUGUUUGAGCAAGGAGGCUCCAAAAGAUGUCUUGCCGGCAGAGGUGCUGGCAACCUUCCCGGGGACGUCCUUGGCCGCACCAAGGGGCAGAUAUGACAUGCUCUUUACCUCCUCCGGCCUGACCUUCGGUGGAAAGACUCCGCUUGGCCCUAUAGCCUGGGACGCAGUUCGCUACUUCCUGAAGUUGCCUUGCUUGGAGACCAACCGGAAAGCCGGUACCGUCGCCAAGAACUACUGGCUGGUUCUCGUUCUCUCCCAGCCACUCCUGGUGGGUAAGCAAGAGUAUCAGUGUGUGGCCUUGAAGGCCAGUGGCACAAAGGCUCCGCCGUGCCCGCCGGCGCUUCAGUCCGGAACUGGGGAGCAGGCGCGCGACCACGAGCGCUGCGCCGCCGUCCUGAAGGCUCUGACAGCAGCAGAAGAGAAGUCCGAGUAUCUGGUGCUGUCCAGAUUCUUGGAAGCCAUGAUAGGCGCUGACAAGGCUCUGUCGCCUGAGCCUACGACCUGCGUCUUGGAGGCAGUCCAGGCCUGGAGGGGUGUGGAGGAAGGUGUCCUGUAUCCACUCGCAGCGGGCUUGUGCUUCUUGCCCAAGCCCGCCACCUUCUUGCCCACGGAGGACAUCUUGGACGCAGAAGCUGGCUCCAACUCUGGGCCACGUGGAGGGGAGCUGAUCAUCCAUCGCUACAACGACAAGAAGCCCACGGUCUUCAGCAAUCUGGCAGGUGCAGAUGCCAGCGCUCUCUUGGCAUACCUCGCCUCUGUAGUCAAGCAUCGAGAAAACGACGUCGACCCAGACAUGGAGGACGACGAGGAAGAAGAUCCCGACUUUGUUGCGGACGCGCCGCCCGCGAAGCGCCGGGUCGUGACCAGGAGUCAAACUCGUGGCACUGACGCGGUUCUGGUGGAGAAAGUGGGCUAG